CACAGACUGAGGUCAUUAUAAAAAUAGGAUGUGGUGUAUUUGUCAUUGUGGUGUUGAUAUAUUAUGAUCAUUAUUUAAAUGUUGAUAUCGUCUCAGGAUAUUUCUCACACUAUCACAACAAAUGGAUUCUAUUUACUCUUCAGCGAAUGCAAUUGUCAGUCGAGCACAGCCUAGUUUAGACGGUGGAAUUAUUACAUUUAUUCUUAAUAAUCUUGUACAUUUCCCGACAUCGGAUUCAUCGUCUCGUGAGAAUUCCACAUUGGAUUCUCAAGUAACUAUUAUACAUCAUAUCUUAUCAACAUAUUCACGUACUGGUUAUGCACUAGGAAUUGUAUGCGCUGUAUUAUGGAGUAUUAUAUUGAUUAUUGUUGCUUGUUCCACGUGUCGUCGACGUAAACAUAUUAAAAAGCAUUCAGAAACUUUAAUAUAUCUUGCCCCUACAGACAAUCAUAUAUUGAAUACAUCACGACAAACGAUUAACACUGGUUCAUUGACACAUCAUUCCUCAAAAUCAACAUUUUAUCGUACACGUGAACGUUUACAAUCGAAUUGGAUAUGUUUAGCCACACAAUUUGCCCUGUUAACUCUUUUAGCUAUUUUAUUAGGCACAGCUGUUAUCCUUGGAUUUACUGCCUCUGGUCAACUGCAUACAAAUUUAAUUACAACCCCAAUACAUGAAGAGUCUGUAGGACGUUUAUUAACUAUUGGUGAAUUGGCUAUUACAAAUCCGGAUAGAAGACAUAUCUUUCCACGUCUGUUACGUGGUUUAGCUCAGAUAAGAGCAUAUAUUAGUGAAUUUGUACCACAGACAAAAAUUGAUAUAGAACCAAUUGUUAAAGAAUUGAUUGAAGCUACAGAAAAAAUGCAAGAUCGUAUGACAAAUGAAUUCAAUGCAAUCUUGUUUAAUGAUAUCGGUGUUACAGAAGCUUUUCAGUUGGGUGAUAUCCUCGGAGGACAUGUUGUCACGCUGAUCAAUAAGUAUACAGCAAUUGUCGAGUCAAAUAAAGAGUUUAAGAAUGCAUUUGAUCGUCUCAAAGUUGAAUUCCAGUCAUGGUUACGUUUAGUGAAUGCAGACAGUCCACAGAAUGAUUAUAAUUGUGUUGAGCAUUGUAGUGUUCUUCGAUCAACCUUUAUGAAUAAUGUCUCUGUUCGACCAGAUUCAUUUAUGCCAGAAAUUAAUUUUGCUAUCGCUUUAAAAUUUUUGACUACCGAUCGAAAUCAAACUGCUGAAAGUAUUCAAGCCCAGUUGAAUCAUGGGAAAGAGUUAGCCAAUCAACAAUUAGAGAGAACUAAAAGUAUGAUGGCUGAAAAAAUCAAUAUCCCUGAAUCGAUAAGAAAUAUGACCAAUAAACAAUGGGAUCAAAUUGGUUCACAAUUGUCGGAUGUUCUAUUGAAAAUUGAUCACAUUUUCAUCUUGAUAACUCGAUCCAUUUCACCGAAAGUCUCUUCGGCGUCUAGUCUCUUCUUAACACUGAAUUUAAUCUUUUGGUUCUCAAUUCUAUUGAUCACAAUCGGAUUGUUUUGGUUAAUUAUUCGUUAUCAUUUUGUACCAACUGAGCUGAGUUUACAAGCACGGAAUCGAAUACGUCUGGGAGCUAGUGUUGGCUACUUUAUUCUAGCCAUAAGUAUUAUACUAGCAUGUCUGUUCUACCUGAUGGGUGGUUAUCUAUACACUGAAGGCUGUCGUUAUAUCAAUCCAGAACAGAAUAUGAUCAAUGUAACCGAUUAUGAUUCAAUUCAACAGAAUUAUAUUCAAAAGACAAUGUUUCCAGUUGAUGCGCAUAUCAACGCUUUCAUUAAUCGUAAUUGGCCAGCUAUUGUAUCAAUUGCUAGUCAGCUAUCAUCAAUGCCUGUUCCGCAUAUACGUAGUCCAAUCUAUGGGAUAUUGCAUAAUUGUCGUGAUAAUCAAGGCAUUUUACAAGCUAUGGAUAGUAUUAAAGAUUUUGAUAUGAAAGCACUGAACGAUCCCCAGAUGUCUGAAAGAUUUGUCAAUCUUGGCAAAGAGAUUAUGAUCAAUUCGCUGGAGUCGAUUAAUGUUGAUGAAAUGUUCCCUAAGGAAACCGAUGACAAUUUAGCUAUGGCAUCACGUUUAGACGAUUUUAUUGUGAAUUAUGAAGAGGUGCGUUUACAAUUACCUAAACAUUAUUUAAGUAUACAAUCGCCAACUGAUGAAGCUGGCAAUUUCACCCUGUGGUCAGUCGAGGAUAUGUGGAAUGCUUGGGAAAUGUAUUACACUGACAUAUUGAGUUAUCGAUUGUCAGUGGAACAAAUGAACAAGUUGAAUUCAGCUACAGAAAAAGUCAGACGUACUCUAAUCCAACUGGAUAGUAUUAUCAAAGAUAUUGAUGAGAAUUUAAUUGUUCUGUCUAGCCUGAAAAAGAGUGCUCCACUUGUUAUGAAACUACAAAACCGGCUAAUUGAUUUAAAAGCAAUUAUGAAUAAUAAAACACAUUUAAUCAGUCGAGCUGUCCAAUUGUUCGAUGAAAAUAUCAAGGCGAAAACACCUCAGGAAGCAUUGAAUCUAAUCCUAGAGUUUGGUCCGAAGAUUAUGUCCAGAGUUGGUCAAUGCCGGCGUGUAUACAAUGCUGUCGACGAUGUGAAUAAUGCUGUUUGUAAUGGAUUUGUAGGCGUUAUAAACGGGUUCUGGUUUUUAAUGGGUUGGGUUACACUAGUCGGCACGCUGAUUAUCACAUUCAGUCUAUUAUUGUUAAUGCAUAAACCACAAUUUAGUCAGGCAAAUGAUAAAGCCUAUCGACGGAAUAUUAUGAAUCGGAAAGCGAUUAAAUCGAAUACAACAACAGCAACCACAACAACAACGACAUCAGUUACAGAGAAUUGUUGUAGUCAUCCUAGUGAACUGGAAGCAUUGACUGGUUCACAUUCUCCUGUUGUCAAGUCGUCAACUCCUUCAGAAGUAUGAAAAAAAGAAAAGAAAGGAUGAAACAAACAGAUGUCCUGUGUCUGUCUGUAUGUGAGUGUCUGGUUUUGAAACUUUGUAAAUUCUACGUUUCGUUUUUUGUUAUUAAUUACUACUGUGUGUAUGAUUUCAACGUCUUGUAAGUUUUGUUUGAUUGGAGUAUGUAUACAAAAGUAUUUCGUUCUUUUUUACCUCAUGUUGGUGGUGCAUCCCACUCCUCCACUGGGACCUCCUGGCAAACAUUUAAUUUUUUUUGUUUUAUAUGCCAAAUCUGUAAGCAAUCAAUCAAUCACAUUUUGAUUAGUUUGAUUUUAAUAUUUUCUACGGUAAUUCAAUCGAGUUUUUUUUACGAAUGCUCCAUUCUUCUUGUGCAUACUUUUGGUUCUAAGCAUCUACAAAGGAUGCUGCAAAGGAUUAGACAACUUACUAAUUGAUUAGUAAAGUGAAUAUACUCUUCUUUUUAGUGUUAAUUACGUCUAUCCCCCCAUUCCCUUUUUUAUAUUAUUUGUUGUUUCACAAAAACACAACUCUUAUAGUCAAUAAAACGCAUUGAUUGUGUAAUUCACAGGUAUUUUUACAGAAUACUGUUUUUUGGGAUGGUUGUAUUUUGUAUUGAUCUUCGCCCUCCCCUUUGUUUACCACAAAUAAAUGGAAAGAAAGUGGUCAGGUUGGUUAAGAGGUGAAUGAAGACGAUUGAGAUGCCGCCUUGUAUCUAUCUGUCUCUUGUAGAAUUAUAUUCUUAUCGCCUGUUUAACUUGAGGUGUAGUAUUUUGACUGCAGUGUAAUAUCCGGGUGAUGAUGUAAUCAACUGUUACGUAAAUACUAUGUCCAUAUUACCAUUAUUGUAUUAUUACUAUUAUUAUUACAACCACUGUGUGCUAGGUAUUUUUCCACAAAUUUUUUUAGAAAUUGAAACUUUUCUCUCAUAAUGAUUUUUCGCUUGCCUUUUCACCACCAAAUGUGGUUUUUGAUUACCGUUUUUUUCUAAAAAGGAACUUGUUUCUGUGUGUGUGUGUGUGGUUCUUUCUUCCCCUUUGCUUCCCAUUUAGUAAUAUAUUUAUUAAUUUGUUUAUUUAUGUAUAAAUGUGGAUGAUUGACAGAAAGAAUAUAUUAUUCAAAAAAACGAAA